AUGGCCCCCGCCGUUACUGUCACCGCUGGCCAGGAACCUGCUCCUGCCCCCGCUCCCCAGCCCGAGCCUACCCCCGCUCCUGCUCCCGCCCCUGCUCCUUCCCCUGCCCCUGCUCCUGGACCUGAAUCUCAGGUUCCUCCUGCUCCUGCUCCUCAACCUACUGAGCCCGCCCCUGCCCCUCAGCCCAACCCCGUUGAGUCCUCUCCUGCUCCCCAGCCCACUUCCCAAGCCCCUCCUGCCCCUCCUGCCCCUCAGACUACCUCUGACGCUGCCCCCUCUCCCCAGCCUGCCCCUACCACCUUUUCCACUUCUGUUAUCGAGCCCUCUUCCACCUCUUCUUCUGCUGCGGAGGCCACUCCCACUUUCACGCCCAACGGAAUUCUGCCCUACUCGCUCACCUACUCGCCCUACAACGACGACUCGUCCUGCAAGACUAUGGACGAGGUCAUGAAGGACCUCAAGGAGAUCGUCGCCAAGGGUAUCAAGGUGAUCCGUGUCUACGGCACUGACUGCGGCUCUGUCCAGACCAUUGAACCUGCCGCUAAGCAGCUUGGUCUCAAGAUCAACCAGGGUUUCUGGAUCGGACCAGACGGAGUCGACUCCAUUGACUCUGGUGUCCAGGAGUUCAUUAACUGGGUCCAGCAGAACCAGGCCUGGGGUAUGAUUGACUCUAUCACUGUUGGAAAUGAGGCUAUCAUUGCCGGCUACGUCAGCCCCCAGCAACUCCUUGGAAAGAUCGGCCAGGUCAAGAGUCAGCUCAAGGCUGCUGGAUACCAGGGACAGGUCACCACCGCCGAGCCUGCUGUCUCCUACACCACCCACCCCGAGCUGUGCACUGGCCCUGAGCUCGACUACGUUGGGAUCAACUCUCACGCCUACUUCAACCCCCAACAGUCUCCUGAGACCGCCGGCCAGUUUGCUCUGGACGAGAUGGCUCUUACUCAGAAGACUUGUAACAACAAGGUUGUUUUUGUCACCGAGACAGGCUACCCUUCUGCUGGUAACACCAACGGCAACAAUGUUCCUACUCCCCAGAACCAGGAAAUUGCCAUCAACUCUUUGCUCAAGGCCCUCAAUGGCUACGGCACCUUUUUCACCAUGUACAACGACUUCUGGAAGGCCCCCGGUCCUUACAACGUUGAGCAGCAUUUUGGUAUCAUUAACAUUCUUCAGUAA